AUGUCCAUGUUUCGGUUCUGGAGUAGCGAUCCCAGGGGAAGCGACAAGACCGUCAAUGGGUCGCCAUCCAUCGCCUUCAGCCCGUCAACCCGACCCUCGUCAGUCGCAUGCGAUCUGGACUUGUCGCCGCGCAAGCGAUCGCAUCGUGACGUCAACAACGACGACGAAGGCGACGACGCCAUGGGCUCUGUUGUACCGGCUAAACGCCUCAGGGCCGGCUCCCAGGCGCUGGCUGAGGAAUCGUCUUUCCCAAGGCCUCGAGGGCCAACCUCCUCGAUGGCUGCCGAGUCCUGCGCCGUCGACAGCGCCAGAGACCUGAUCCAAGCUGAAUUUUGCCAGGAAAUUCUACUCAAGCACAAGGAGCUAAGAUUGAUCAACCAAGAGCUUGCCAAGUGUCAGAUUGCGCUUGAGCAGCUGCGCCGAUGCCAUCUCAUCCCGUAUCCUGUGAAUUGUCCCACCCCGCAACAAAUGUUAGACGUCAGCGACGGAAAGGGUCCUGCAGUAGUGGCCAAAGCCGGCGAUGCUGUCCCACGCUGGGCGCCUCCCUUUGGUGUUGUCGAUGGUCCUUAUUCUCGGCACUAUGCCAAGUGGCUCAUUCCCGAUCCAGCCUUUGAUGGCAUACAGCCAGUCUCAUCGCACCUCCCUGCCCGGGGUCCAGUCCUGGAAGGAAGAACAACCCGCAACAGUAAUGGUGAACUUGGGUUUGGAAUCGUCAAGGGGCGCCGUGGCAACGGUAGCCAUAAGUUUGAGUCUCUGUCAAGCGGCUACCCCCCACCCAAAGACAAGGUAGGCCCUUGCGUCCUGACUCGGGCAGACGGCCAGACAGUCAAGCUUGUGUGCUUGGACUGCCACAGGGAUAACUUCUCAAGUACCCAAGGCUUCAUCAAUCAUUGCCGCAUUGCACACAAGCGUGAUUUCAAGAGCCAUGAAGAGGCCGCCGUUCAUUGCGGCCAGCCAUAUGAAGCCUCCGAGGGGGGUAACAUCCCCAAGGACAACAAGGCAUCGGCUCCUGCCUUGUCCUCUGCCACCACCACCACAGCUACGUCUUCUUUCGUGCAUACCUUUGCGCGUCCGGAUGUGGUAGAGCAAGACGUCUUCAAGUCGCUUCGGAUGAGAAUUUCCGACUCGCUCAAGCUUUACAACCAGGGCAAGCUGUCGGUUGUCAAGUUUCCUCGCAACAUCAAUGCUGUUGCUUACCCCGGCAAGGCGUCGCCCUCGCCGUCGCCUUCGGCCUUUGGCCCAUCUUCUGACGCACCUCACCUGUCUCGUCUCUUGAAGGCUCGCAACUUCCAAGGCAAUCUCCACGAUGUCGUUGCCGAUGCAAAGUCCAAGAUGUCACUGGAGGAUCUUGCUGGGGAAGAGUCAGAAGCCGAUGGCUCCGUAUCCCCCAUGCAGGACUCAAUGCCAGGCCGAGCCUCAGUUGUUAUGCGCAUGCCCGCCAGGACUGCAAAAACCCCUGUUUCCGGAGGCAACUCAGCACGCCCGACAAGCAGCAAAGGCCGCGCUGCGCAUAUGGCACUGGCCUCGCCCUCAGACUCUGACAUGGCCAUGAUGGCCAACAAGCACCGAUCGGACGCAGUUCUGUCCGACGAGGAUGUGGACAUGGAGGACGCCGACAUGAGCCCCAACACACUUGUUAGCAACAAUGCGCCUUCUCUGGUUAGUGACGACGGAGAGUAUGACGACUCUGAUGAAGGCUCUUCCGUUUCUGGAGCAAGUGACCAGCUGGAGGCGGAAUCCGUCUCGGAUGUUGCCGAAAUUUCACUGGAUUUCGAGUCUGAUCCUCGAGCUCUUCGCCGAGAAUCGACGGGCAUGGCAGGGCCUGUGCGGCUUCGCAAAGAAGAUCCCAAGCAGGUUACAUUUAUUGGCCCUGUCAGAAGCAGUGCCAAGGAGCGAAGGCAACGAAAGGCCUAA